UCACGUCUUUUCCUAGUCUUUUCCAGCGAUUUGAUCUACUCUUCGUGUUUUGUUGACUGCUUCAGACUGGGAGAAGUAAGAUAAGUGAAGGAAGGGAUGGCUGAUUCCAACCUUAGAGGUCAUGAACAAGAACAUUCCAGUGAGAAACCCUACAUGUGUGGGGAGUGUGGAUACAGGACUGCUCGUAAGUCUCACUUAUCCCAACAUAUGAGAAUACACACUGGAGAGAAACCCUACAAGUGUGACCUGUGCGACUAUUCUACAGCACAGAAAUCCAACUUGGACUGCCAUCUAGCUAAACACACUGGUGAUAAACCCUACAUGUGUGGGGAAUGUGGAUACAGAACUGCUUUUAAGUCUCACUUAUCCCAACAUAUGAGAAGACACACUGGAGAGAAACCUUACAUGUGUGGGGAGUGUGGGUACAGGACUGCAAGGAAGACUGACUUAUUAAAACAUAUGAGAACUCACACUGGAGAGAAGCCCUUCAAGUGUGACAAGUGUGACUUUUCUGCAGCACAGAAAUCCACUUUAGACAGCCAUCGAGUAAAGCACACUGGUGAGAAACCCUACAUGUGUGGAGAGUGUGGGUACAGGACGGCUCAUAAGUCUGCCUUAUCCAACAUAUGA